UUAGACUUUCCCUCUCUUUUUUUAGUCGUGUUACCUCUUCUUUUUUUUCAACUGCACACUUUGCGUCUGAGUGAGAUCGUGUCCGAAUGAACAGUCAUGGGAGAGUGGACCAUAUUGGAGCGUCUCUUGGAGGCGGCUGUCCAGCAACACUCCACUAUGAUAGGAAGGAUCCUGCUCACUGUGGUGGUGAUUUUCCGCAUUCUGAUUGUGGCUAUAGUCGGAGAAACGGUGUACAAUGAUGAGCAGGCCAUGUUUGUAUGUAACACUCUACAGCCCGGCUGUAACCAGGCGUGUUACGACAAAGCCUUCCCCAUCUCCCACAUCAGGUACUGGGUGUUCCAGAUCAUUAUGGUCUGCUGCCCCAGCCUCUGCUUCAUCACCUAUUCUGUCCAUCAGUCUGCCAAGCAGAAGGAGCGACGCUACUCCACAGUCUUCCUCUCGCUGGACAAGGAACAAGACUUGACCAAGACGGACGACAGCAAGAAGAUCAAGAACACCAUUGUGAAUGGCGUCCUGCAGAAUUCCGAGAACUCCAACAAGGAGGCGGAGCCCGAUUGCCUCGAGGUCAAGGACAUUCCCAACUCAGUCCUGCGAACUACCAAGUCAAAAAUGAGGAGACAGGAAGGCAUAUCCAGGUUCUACAUCAUCCAGGUGGUGUUCAGAAAUGCCCUGGAGAUCGGCUUCUUGGUGGGCCAGUAUUUCCUAUACGGAUUCAACGUCCCUGCGGUGUACGAGUGUGACCGAUACCCUUGCAUAAAGGACGUCGAGUGCUAUGUCUCGAGACCUACAGAGAAAACUGUGUUCUUGGUCUUCAUGUUCGCUGUCAGUGGUAUUUGUGUGGUGUUCAACUUAGCGGAGCUCAACCAUCUGGGCUGGAGGAAGAUCAAAGCUGCAGUUCGAGGCGUGCGAGCAAGGAGGAAGUCCAUUUAUGAGAUCCGGAACAGAGACCUGCCUAGGAUGAGUAUGCCCAACUUUGGACGUACUCAAUCCAGUGACUCUGCAUACGUGUAAAUGUGUGUUGUACAUGUACAAAUACUGUACACGGAAACUCCUGGUACAAAGUAUCUGUCAGUACUCCUUUGGGGGCAUGUUGAAUCUUUCCCAAAACAUAUCUGAACCUUUGUCUUAGCCUGGUCAUUUCUAUGACUGACUUUAUGACUGAAUUGUUGAGAUAGUUUUUUUUCUUUUAUGACAUGGAAAAACUGAAUGGUUUGAUUCUUUAAACGUGAGGUUGUGAUGAGGAUGGUUGUCGCCUUUGAGCAAAUCAUACAGGUAUUCACUAAUACGCUAUGACAAAUGUAGAAGGACAAUUUCAACAUGCAGCUCUUUUUUCUCAUUCUUUUUUUUUUAUCGGACAUAAGCAUCUUCUGAAAAGAAAAUUAAAUCAUUAUCAGUAGGAUAUACAAGUGUCCCUGAAGUUUGGACAUCCAUCCAUCCAUCCAUUUAGUACCGCUCACCAGCUCAGUGGCUUUGUGGUUAGAGUGUCCGCCCUGAGACUGGAAGGUUGUGAGUUCAAACACCGGCCGAGUCAUACCAAAGACCAUAAAAAAAUGGGACCCGUUGCCUCCCUGCUUGGCACUCAGCAUCAAGGGUUGGAAUUGGGGGUUAAAUCACCAAAUGAUUCCCGAGCGUGCCGCACGCUGCUGCUCACUGCUCCCCUCACCUCCCUGCAAAGGACACAUUUCAUAUCUUUCUUGAAAAUGGCCUUGCAAAUAUAUAUCAAUAUAUCUCCUUCUUUGUGGGGCAACACUCACUUUGAAAUGACAAGUGAGUAUCCAGUCACAGUCUCGUUAACAUCAGGUUACCUCAGGCCUGGGCAAUUAUUUUGACUCGGGGGCCACAUUUAGAGAAAAAAAUGUGUCUAUCUAUUUUUAGGAACACUAAUACAAAACCUCACAAUAAUGUCUGAUUGAAUGCUUAAAACAUUAUGACAGACCGCCUUAAAAAACGUAAUGGAAUUUUAAAUCUUUCUAGUAACGAUACAUUUGACAAAAUAUGAAUGUCAUACCCUCUUCAAUCUACAUAUUUCACAAUCAAGUGAAACGCAACAAAAAUGCAACAAACAGUGAAUAUGAACGCGAAGGGUACAAA